GACUUCACACAGGAACACACCAUCCCUGGAACACGGAAUCUGGCUGGGAACAGAGAAACGGGAAUGCACUGGAACAAAUAAACUGAGGAGAAUAAAUAUUACCUGCCAUCUGUUGGUCUUCCCCACUCAUCUGUCAUCCACUGUCACUUUUUCUUUUUCUUUUUCUGAGGAGAACUUCUUCAGAGCCUCCAGUGAAAACACAUACAUAUAGAGAUAUAUCUAUAACAAUCCUAUACAUAUAUCAAUAUACAGUAUGCCUGUUUUCAUAAACAGCGUAUGGGGAACAGAACUGAGCAGAAGGAAGACACCUUGAUUGUGAGAACAAAAGCAUUAGGAGGGCUAAAGAACAACAGAUAUUCCUUUGAGAACAGAAUGACUUGUGGAAUACUUCCGAACUGUAGCGUGAGGCAUCUCUUCCUCGCUGGCAUCAUGCAAUGUUUGGUGGGACAAAGAUCAUGGAUAAGGCUUGAUUCCAACAGUGUAGUUUCUUCAGGCUUCUGAAUUGGAAUUCUACCAAGUGUUUUUUUUUUUUUUUUUUUUUGGGCCACGAAACAGUUUGUCACAUGGUGAGAACCUUGAAUCCUGGCGUCUCUCCAAAGGGGAGGAAUCUUGCUCGCUCUCGCUCUCUCCCUGUAGUGAUGCGAACGGCGAGCACAUUGUGUGCUGAAGUGGCGUGGAAAGCUCUCCGUCUCAUUCCCUGAUGAGGGCUGCUUUCCCUGUAUCAGUCUGCCGUUCUUUUAGGAGCCGGACAAGAAGUCAGCGUUAAACCUGCUUUAAACUUGGAGACAGAACUCUUUGAUCAGUAAACUUGCUUUUUUGGUUCACAAGUACUAAACUCCACUGGUUUAAUUGUUCCCAGUGGUGCCGUUGCAUUCUGGGAUACGCAUUGUGGGAUUACUUAAAGAGGAUCAUGGCUGCCUCACACUUGUUUUUGAAUGUGUUAACUGCUAUUUUACUGUUAAGCUAUGUUUCUUACGGUCAAAAAUCCAACACUGCCAGCACAGGUGUGCAAGCCACCAAUCGGACAGCUGCUCCGUCUGGUGCCCCGGAGGUCACUCUUGCGACCCCGGGGUCAGAACCAGAUGAAAUCCCAUCAGCUGGGAGCCGCUGUUGGGGUUACUAUGAUGUAAUGGGCCAGUGGGAUCCUCCGUUUAACUGUAACGCAGGAAUAUAUCUGUUCUGCUGUGGCUCCUGCUACUAUCGAUUUUGCUGCCAGUUCAAGGUUCACAGCCUGGACCAGACAUCUUGUUCCAAUUACGACACGCCAGUGUGGGCCAACACAGGCAAGCCGGCGGCUCCGGUGACCGACGUCCAGGAGGAACCGGAUAGAGACCGCACUCACAUGAUUGUGUACAUAAUAUGUGGAGUGGUGGCCAUCAUGGUACUGGUUGGGAUCUUCACCAAAUUGGGCCUGGAAAAAAGUCAAGGAAGACAGACGGACAUGACAAACUCCAGGGCCCUGACGGAACUGCUGAAACAGCCAGGCGAGCCCGGGGGUGUGGACAGAGGAGGAGGCCACCACUCUAUGGGAUCCAACGGCACCUCUGGCAGGACAAUGCGCACCAACAACGAGCAUAACCACCUGAAUAAUGUCACACAUCAUACUUUGAGUCCCGUAAUGACUCUGUCCCAGCCUCACAACAACCUGGGCUUCAACAAAUACUCCUCUCUCAAGACCAUGGAUACUACAGCAAGGGAUUACUACCCCAAGAGCUACCCCAUGAUGGAUUACGCACACCGCCAAUCCUCGCCUGCAACCUUCCAGCCCAUUGCUUUCCACCCAAAAGAUAAACACUUUCUUCCCUCUCCGGACAUCCAUACUCCUUUGGCCAUUACCAUUACAUCAGCUCAAGUCCCCAAGCCCAAGAUCUCCAAGACUAACACCCACCCACUCACCUCGAGCUCAGCCUUCAAAGUUUGGGACCCCAACAAGAGCCAUUUCCAACACCAGGUCCCCCUUAUGAUGCAGCCACAGCCACCACUGUCCCAACCAAACAGUCGGCACCAUGCCUUCUCCAACAAGCGUCAGUUUAGCAUCGAGACUCUUCCAGAGUUGUUCACUCAGCCUCUGGGGUACGGACAGUCACCGCACCUCCACCCAAAACACAAGGGACUGCCCACAAACAGCAAAACGGAAGUGACGGUCUGAGGGGAAAGCCUGAAAAGGAUGCAAACACAAGAAAGCAUGAUUUCGAUUAGACAACCAGAUGUGAAAGCUCCUACACAUGUGCUUCAGUUAUAUUUAUAGUAUAUUUCUUCCUUGUAUUCGUUUUGAACUAGAUUUAUUUUCAUUGUACAACAAUACAAAAAACUGAAGGGGAAAACGUUGCAUGGUCUUGAUUCCGAUUCUUCAUGGGCUUUGAAUCCCUGGUGAUCCUACCUCCCCCCUAAAAUUCUGGCCUGUUGUUCUUGUACUGCUGGCCUUCAGAUGUCUCUUGUGGACCAGACCCAUGUGUCGGAUAGCAAAGGGUAGGAGCCUUGCACCUCAGGAGCCUGCACACCCUUCUGGAUAAGGCCAUUGUGCUGUCAACUUCCAUCAGCCAAGAGCUGCCACACAGUGAAAUAUUAUUCCGACAAUUCUAGACCACUGAGGACAAAGAACAUUGAGAAAGCAUAUGGAAGAGGACAGUGAAGAAACCAAGGUGCCCUGUGAGAGGGAAAGAGUGUUUGAGGUGUUGUGAUGUUUAAGAGUUUAUUUCAGUCAACGGAUGAGGGUCUAGGUGAAUUUGGCGAAGUCCAAUGACCCUGUGACUCUUUACCUCAACACCUUCAUCAAAGGAUGCAUUCCAGCACUUGUCCAGGGAGCAGACCGCCAACAUCACUUCAGAUCAUAGCUAUUCUGGCUGUUUCUAUUUCAAACUCUUGUUUGAGACACAGCAAAGGUAAAGACAAGGUCGAUAAUCAAAUCUCUAUUACAGACAGACCUCAAGAGAGACAUUUCAGAGGACAACAGUCGCCUGCAGAGAUGAGGUGCCAUAGUGACGGAAGAGCACACGUCUAGGUGAACAAAUCCAAUAGUGUCAUAAGCAGCACUGCCAAAACAACUUUGCUAAAUUGACCCAUGUGUUUUCUUUGCAAUAUCUGUCAAACAGCCUGCUUACUUUGAAUACUUUUGAAUGUAGAUAACUAUCUUUUUCAUGAAAGCAAGAACCAAGAAUGAAAAUUGAUGAAGAUUGAUAAAAAUGAAGAUUGAUGACUUGGUGGCAAAAUCUAGCAUGUAGCAGCAAUACCUACACCCUGUUGUAGCAUCCUAAUGCACAUGGCAUGGGAAACCACUUAAUCUGGUGGUGGGCAUCAGUUUUAAAGUGAAGAUCUGAGACUUUAGGUAUCUUGGGAGUUGCUCAAGAGACCAAGGAAAAUGGUAGCAAUACUAGGUCUGUCUGUCCUCUCCUGCCUGGGGCCAAUUGACUGAUGGACACAGCUGUCAAACUCACUCACUCUCUGCUGUUCCAAGCUGUUUCCAGCCAAGCGUUUGGCUUCCACACUGCCACAGAACACCAGGGGGCGCUGUAAUUGAUGACAGCUUGGUUCUAAUUCAGCAGAUCCAAAAUAUGUUCUCCCAAACUGCCUGUAGACAUGUUUUUUUUUAGCGUCUGUCUUAUCUUUUUUAAUUCACAAUGGAUCCGAAUGGAGAUAUAUGGUUCUUGCUCAAAGACAAAAGUUUUUUUUUUUUUUUAUGCACCCAUUUAAAGGAGACCUGCAGAGAUGUUUGAUGGUGACCUCUUGCUUCUUUACACAACAAUAAAGCAUCUGUUUACCAAGCAAACAGUUGUGUCUAAAAAGGAGCACACUUUGUCUGAACAGCCUUGUGAGUUUUUAAGGGCCAAUGACAUCUAAUGUACAAGCCACCUAGGGACUAUAAAAGAGUGUGAAAUGUUCAACAGAACUGCUGCUUAGGGCUGCUUGCAAAUAAAACGCCAUUAUUGCGAGAGGCAGAGAAGGAUUAUUGAACUCGAAAGGAGGAGGCAACACACUCGUAACGCCUAUUUUGGAGAUAAUUUCUACUUCUGGACCAACUCCAGAGACAGCAGUUCCAAAAAUAUGACAACAAAUACAGUUACAGCAUGUUCCUGGAUGGCUAUUUUCAACCAAUGAAUUGAUGUCAGGAUGUAUCAACAUGCUCUCAUGGGUCAGCAUUAAGUCAAAUUAUCCUGAGCUACAGUGAUGCUUCAUUCUGUUUCAGUGGCAAUGGCUCAAGGGUGUCAUUGGGUUUCACGGGCAAACCCUGGAGGACAGACACUGCUGUCAGCCUCUCCUGGCACAGAGAUGUCAAGAGAUGCCAAGGUGAGCCAGCUACACAGCCCUCUGCCUGAAAUGGAGCUACUUUGUCAGCCAGGAGGUCAUGAAGUCUGUCUAUGAGGAAUGCCGGGAAAAGAGCAGAGCAGGGCAGAUUUAGCUUUUAACAAAACCACAGUGAUAAGGUCUCUGGCUAUAUCAUCUUAAACACUGAAUCAAAUGAGGACUAACUUCUGGAAAUAAACUUUUUAUUUGACAUUAACUCAAUAAAGCACUGGAUUGGUCAAUUAACUACUUAAUUCCACAGGUUAAGGAUGAAAAAGGGAAAAAAGAGGUUGAGUGCAUUCAACUGUUACAAAGAAACACAAGGUGUAAAUAUCUGCUUUCGAAUUCCUUCGGUGUGAAGACUCGUUUCCAGUGGUUAUUUUAAACCACCCAAAUAAGCUGAAUGACUGUUGUUUCUGAUUUCUUCUUAAAACGAAAGUGUUCUACCUGUGAUGUGAAUGCCACUGGGUAGCAUUUUAUCUUUAGCAAUACAUGAUGUACUUUUUACUGUUUAUGGUCUAUUUGCAAUGUCGUCUUUUUUGUAUCGUAAGCGUAAUUGGAAUCAAAGUCAAGCCUGCCGCAGGUGACAACCAUUUGACGGAGAUGAAGUGCUUCCAAAUUUUAACACCCUUCUCACCUUCCUUACUAACUUAAAUGAUGUCUUGCCAUAUUUAAAGCUUGCGCUUUAUGUAUAAACCAAUGGUUUAUUUAAUAAUUUUUAAAAGACAUAUUAUAACCAAUGCUUGAAUGACAUGUUAGUUGCCAGUCCAGAGACAUGUAACGUGUAUUGGAGAAUCACAUUGUUCCCAUUUGUUAGGUGGCUGCACUGGUUUAGUGGUACGUUUGACUGAUCUAAUCUUAUGCACUAUUCUAAGCUGUACCUUUUGUGUAAGUAUAAUUAGGAUGAAUUCUACUAAGGGCUUUUAAAGACGUACGUGCUCUUAACAUGAGUUGCCCCGUGUCGGACAUGGAAAGGGUUUUCCCCAAUGCAAUGACAGGGAGUAAAGUUGCUUGUGUCAGAGUGACUUUACUAGGGUAAUCUAUAGCAGAAUACACGUAAGGGUUUUGCGAAAGCGAUGCUCCAUCCUGCAAUCAAAAGUCAAAGAAAUUUUUGCUACAACACACUCUUGGUUUGUGUAUUAAUGUCCAUCACAAAGCAAAAAAUGUUCCCUCCUUGAGAAAACAGGACUUUUCUUGUUUGAACCCUGAAAAGAUAUGCAAAAACAUGUUAAGGACAUAUGAGAGCUCAUCACAGAAGUGAAAAAAGACAACUGCUCUAAGUUUGAACUUACCAGCAUUAAAGGAAAUCCAAAGCCAGCUACAGCAAUGCAGGCUUAUCCUAAUUAAAAGUCACUGGUUACAUCAUUGAUAAAGAGAACGACAGGAAGACUAAUUAGGCUUGUCUGUUGACUUAAACAAGGCCAGAUUUUUACAGCAACACUAGCGUUGAGAAAUAUCUCCUGUCACAUUUGUGUUUUACAUGUUUUCUGAUUAUAUAUGCCUGUUUAUUCAUACAUCAGGGUUAAAAGAGCAAAAAGUUAAAUAUAUAAAUUUUGUGUAAAAAUGUAUGUAUAUGAUGUGAAAAUAAAGCAGCAUUAGUUCACAGACUUUCACAAACACACACACACUAAAACUGAGGAUUUAACAUUGUAAAGACAGUGUUUUGUGUAAGUUUCCCAAAGGCUUUUCUGGGUGCAGCCAGCUCACGUUACCCCGUGUCCUAGCUAGGUGUGAUGCAACACAUUUGGCUAUACUUUCUUUUAAAGUGAUUAAGUUCUCAUACCAAGAAGCAUUGCAAAUGAUGUAAUAAAAUCAGCAAUCAGCAAACAGUAAAGAAAUUUACUUCCUGUUGCACUCUAGCAGGAUGAUGGACCAGUAAGAUUUAACUGUGGACGGGGCUACCCAAAAUAGUACAAUAACAGAAGUCAUGCAUGAUUAGGACAGAGUUGUUCACUUGCUGAGAUAUAAAAUAGCCCUGUGUA